GCCCUCGGCCCUCCGCUCAGGCUGCUGCUGCUGAUGAUGCUGCUGCUCCGCGAAGCCUCCGCGCAGCCUGCAGCUGACCACCCACUGAAGCCAAGAAAUGUGAAACUGCUGCCCACUAAGAGGGGCAUAAAAGUCACGUGGAAACCACCCCAAGAUUCAGCCACUAGACCCGUGGAGCAUUACAACAUUGCCUAUGGGAAGUCCCUGAAAAGCCUUAGCUACAUCAAGGUGAAUUCGGAUACGCAUUCCUUCCUUAUUGAGGAUGUAGAGCCUGGGGUAGUGUAUUUUGUGCUGGUUACUGCAGAGAACUACAGUGGAGUGAGUCGUCCAGUUUACAGAGCUGAAAGUCUUGCUGGAGGUGAAUGGAUCAAGAUUGAUGGUUUGGCCAUUAAGGGUCCAGGACCAUUUAAUGGAACCAUUUCAGAAAAAGAAGUGCCCAACAAACCCUUAAGAGUUCGCGUCCGAUCUUCUGAUGACAAACUCUCCGUCCAAUGGAAAGCACCACGUGCAUCAGGCAUUAAGAGUCCACGGAGAUCUCAAGGCUUUCUCCUGGGCUAUGGUGAAAGUGGUAGGAAGAUGAACUACGUUCCACUGGCCAAAGAUGAGCGAACGCAUGAAAUUAAAAAACUAGCUUCUGAGUCGGUGUACGUGGUUUCGCUUCAGUCAAUGAAUUCCCAAGGGCAGAGUCAGCCAGUGUACAGGGCUGCUUUAACCAAGAGAAAAAUUGCAGAGGAGGAUGAUCUGGAUGAACCUAAAGACAUAAAUGUUCGAGUCAUGUCAUCUCAAUCUGUGCUUGUGGCAUGGGUGGAUCCCAUUCAUGAAAAACAAAAGAAGACUGUUGCAUCUAGGCAGUACACUGUGCGCUAUCGAGAAAAAGGGGAAUCGGCCAGGUGGGAUUAUAAACAAAUUUCCACCCGACGAGCCUUGGUGGACGACCUGAUUCCAGAUACAAUGUAUGAAUUUGCAGUCCGCAUUUCACAAGGUGAAAGAGAUGGCAAAUGGAGUCCAUCUGUCUUUCAAAGGACCCCGGAAUCUGCACCAACCGCCGCACCUGAAAACUUGGAUGUCUGGCCCGUGAAAGGCAAACAAGCAUCUGUCACUGCAACCUGGGAUCCACUUCCAGAAACAGAAGGGAAAGUCAAAGAAUACAUUCUUUCAUACGCCCCGGCUCUCAAACCAUUUGGAGCAAAGUCCCUUACCUAUCCUGGAGUGACUACUUCUGCCGUAGUUGAUGGUCUGCAGCCUGGGGAACGCUAUCUUUUCAAAAUAAGGGCAGCAAACAGACGAGGACAGGGCCCUCAGUCUAAAGCCUUCAUUGUCACCAUGCCAACAACCAGGACCAGCAUUCCCACUGUUCCUCAGAAAGCUGUUAAAGAAGAUCAUCUGAAGCCAGAAAAAUCAGAACCUUUACCCUCUUCUCAAAAAAUCCAUCACCCACCUUCCUCUAAACCCACUCAUUCAUCCGUUUCUCCCCAUGAUAGGGAUGCAAAGAGUCUCAUUCCUGAGUCAAAGAAUAAGUUUGGAGCCAAUGGCGGAGCCAUUAGUAAAAGCCAGUUAUCACCCCAAAGCCCAGCAGAGUCAGAAUCGGAUCUCCAGUCCACCAGAUUCACAGAUGAUGACCUGGUUUCCAAUACAGGCUCCCUAGCAUCCUCCUCUAAGCCCCACGAUAACAGGAGAAACAUUAGGCCCCCACUGAGUCGAUCUUUUCAUUCAGUCCUAGGCCCCGGUAGAACCCCAGUUAGAGCUCGCAUCCCAAUAAGUGCCAAGGCAGAAACAGACAGUUAUCCACCUGCCGCUUCCACCCCACUUUCAUCUUCAUCCUCCGACCCCAGGUACACCGAUAACGAAACGAGGCCACCGAGUUCCUCUCGUACCGCUUCAGAGAAGUCACCUCCUGAAAACGUGAAGAAGGAUCCAGCAUCUGAGCGGUCUCGUUUAGCUGGAUCGGCUGAUCCACAGUCUACCACACGUGUUUCUCAAGCCCGAAGCCAUGAAGGUGGGAAUGGGAAACCACAUCUCCCAGCUCGGAUGAAUUCUCCGGCCAGAUCCCCGGGACUUUUUAAAGUGAGCUCCAGCCCCCGCAAAAAGCCUCAUGCACAUCCUGUUCCUGUCGAGUCAUCCCUUCCGAGCAUCCCUUCUGAGGCCCGCGAGGAACACAACAGUGAAGAAAGGGAGGAUUUGGAUGAAAAGCCAAGUUCCUCUACCCCAGCACUCAGGCUUUCUUCCCCUGGAGGGGCACCCCGACUUCUCCCCACCAAGCUUCACCCUGGUUCUCCCCGUUUCCGUUGGCUGAAAAACGGGCAGGGCAUAAGCAGAGCUAACUAUGCUGGGCCGUCUCAGUCCUCUACCCCUUCUCCGACCAAUCCCCCCAACUCGCACAGCUCCUCCGAUAGGAGGACAGGAGGGGCUGAGCGGGGAGACGGUGAGGGCGAAGUUGAGAAUGGAGAAGAUAGAGGGAAACAGACAGCUCCUUCCUCCCCUGCCUCUCGUCCUCGCUUGCCGGCUGGCCAGCCUAUCUCUGGUCGCUUUAGUUUCCCCAGACACAGGCCAUUUGCAGCUAGCAAUAGGUACCCCAACAGGAUUCACUCCAAUUCUCACCUAAGUUCUGUACACAGAUCUACUCCGACCAUUGAGAGAGGUGAUGAAGGAGAGCAAGAGCCCAUCCCUUCCACUGCUGACAGCGAACACACACCUUCCUCCCCUAAGCAGCAUUCAUCACUGGGCUCAGACCACACAAGAAGGAUUCCCCAGAGAGUAUCGAAUGCUCACCGGACAGUGACCCCCUCUGAGAAUGGGUCCAAUGUUCCUAAAAGGGUGUUAAAUAGCCAGGACCCAAGAUCAAAAGCUACAGGGGCUGCUUCAGAAAAGCAGCCUUCCUAUCCCCUCUCCACUUCCAAGCAGCAGUUUUCCAGUCCCAACACUAAGGAAGAACAACAUCCAAUCUCCAAAUCCAGACAGGACUAUAGCUCUGAAAUAGAUGAUCGGAAUGGAAGGGGAAAUGCCCAUCUUAAAAAUCCCUCUACUUCUCGGUCGCCUUCUACUUUCCCCUGGGGGAGCCCUGACCGAUCUCCUUCCAAACCUCAGCAGGCCGGGGGUCAGGAUGGAAAUAAUGGAAAGCACAAAAGCAAAACCGACUCCGUGUCUUCCUCCAGAGGAUCCAGCCCAUCUCUGCCAGUGAACAGACCAAGCAACUCCAGGAUAACACCUGCCAAAUCAAACCUGCCCUACCAUCAUUCCCGCUCCCGAGCCCCUAGCAGAGCCAUAUCCCAUGAGGAGAGAAAGGAUGGCUCAUUUCAGCUGACCCGAUCUAAAAUAGAAGAUGCUUCCAAGGUUCCGCUGUUGUCCUUACCUGAGUCUCGACAGUCAGUCACAAAUGAUGACGACGAUGAUGAUGCCGCCUCCGACGAAGAUGAUUACCGUGAUCACGACAGCAGACGGAAAGAGGAAGAUCCUGACCCUUCUGCCUCAAAGUGGUCCCAUCCUUCUGUUUCUGGAGACAGUAAAUAUGCAAACGAAAACGUCGGUAAGGAGAAGAUGAAGUCCAUUGCCUCCCGCCUUCCUCAUAGAGUAAAAUCUGAUGGAAAAGAAGACUCUACUCCUUCAAAACGUCCUAUCCCUCCAAUGUCGGGCAGCUCUUCAAGAGCCUCCCAAAUUCCUCCCAAACCAAAUGCCCCUUCUAAAUUUCCUUCACCCACGCCCCGAUCUUCUGUUCCUCAGAGUCCCAUCAGCAGCACACCCUCCCAGGGGUCUCUCACUCACUCGACACCUUCCCCCAUCACCCCAAUGCUCUCCUUACGUCAGAGGAUGAUGAACUCAAGAUUCCGAAAUCCACCUGCUCGACCCUUUGUGAGACCACCUUACAGACCAGGUUUUAAUGGCAGGCCAAAUCUAAGCACCAAACCAAAUGUAGAUGGGAAAGUCUUUUCUGGAACUAAUGGAAAACCAAAUGGACAGAGAAUAAUCAAUAGUCCUCAAGGAACCAAGUGGGUGGUAGAUCUUGACCGGGGAUUAGUAUUAAAUGCAGAAGGGAGAUUCCUCCAAGAUUCACAUGGAAACCCGCUUCGGGUUAAACUAGGUGGAGACGGGCGAACUAUUGUUGACAUGGGAGGAACCCCAGUGGUCAGUCCUGAUGGACUUCCCUUGUUCGGACAGGGAAGAAACGGUAAACCCCUAGCCAGUGCACAAGAUAGGCCUGUGCUAAGUCUUGGAGGCAAGCCCCUGAUGGGUCUGGAAGUGAAAAAAACAACCAAACCUCCUCGAACUACAACCAAACCUCUUCGAACUACAUCCAGGCCACCUCGAACAACAUCAACAAUUCCUCCCACCACCACCACCACCACCACCACCACCACCACCACCGCCAUGACUACAACCACCACUACCCAUGAGCCAACUACACCAAUUCCCACCUGUCCCUCUGGCACCUAUGCCCAGUAUGAUGAUGAUGGCAACUUAGUAAUGGACCAGGAUGGAAAGCCCGAAUGCUACUCUGAAGAAGAUUCAACAGACAACUUCUCGGGGAUGGAGACGGAUAAGGUAGAAGGCACCGAAGAAGAAGACUACGUAAUUUAUGAUGAAGAUUAUGGGUCUGAGACGGCAUCGCUCUCAAUGUCCACCAGACCUUCAACGACCACCAAGCCUUCAACAACCACCAAGGCUUCAACGACCACCAAGCCUUCAACAACCACCAAGGCUUCAAAGACCACCAAGCCUUCAAAAACCACCAAGGCUUCAACAACCACCAAGGCUUCGACGACCACCAAGCCUUCAACAACCACCAAGCCUUCAACUGUUGCAGCCCUACCUAGAAUCGUGUCACCAGAGGGAUCAAUUAGCUCUUUUCCAGAGCAAGAAUUUGACCUGGCUGGAAAGAAACGAUUUGUUGCUCCAUAUGUGACCUAUCUCAAUAAGGACCCAUCUGCCCCUUGCUCUUUGACUGAAGCGCUGGAUCACUUCCAAGUGGAAAGCCUGGACGAAAUCCUCCCCAAUGACCUGAAGAAGGCAGGGCUACCGCCUCAGGAAACUCCUCGCAACAUCACAGUGGUGGCCGUGGAAGGCUGUCACUCCUUCGUCAUCGUGGACUGGGCCAAACCCACCCAGGAUGAUGUGGUCUCAGGUUACUUGGUUUACAGUGCAUCUUAUGAAGAUUUCAUCAGGAACAAGUGGUCAACCCAAACUUCAGGAGCAACUCAUUUGCCAAUUGAAAACCUGAAGCCAAAUACAAGGUAUUAUUUUAAAGUGCAAGCAAAAAAUCCUUAUGGCUAUGGACCUGUCAGUUCUUCCGUCUCCUUUAUUACAGAAUCAGAUAAUCCAUUGCUCAUUGUUCGACCACCUGGGGGUGAGCCCAUUUGGAUCCCAUUCACUUUUAAGCAUGAUCCCAGCUACACCGAGUGCAGUGGCAAGCAGUAUGUGAAGCGGACUUGGUACCGGAAGUUUGUCGGGGUUGUUCUCUGCAAUUCACUGAGGUACAAAAUCUACCUCAGCGACACUCUGAAAGGUACAUUCUACAGCAUUGGAGACAGUUGGGGGAGAGGUGAAGAUCACUGCCAAUUUGUGGAUUCUCAUUUGGAUGGAAGAACAGGACCUCACAACUAUAUAGAAACCCUGCCUACUAUUCAAGGUUACCACCGUCAGUAUCGUCAAGAACCCGUGGGAUUCGGACACAUCGGUUUCGGGACACCAUAUUAUUACGUGGGCUGGUACGAAUGUGGGGUCCCCAUUCCUGGAAAAUGGUGACCGGGUGACUGUCAGCCUAGAAGUCUACCACAGGGCCCAACCCAAUCAGGCCGUUGAAAUAAAUUUCACCCAGGGGGGCUGGGAGGAGCUGGUUUGGGGAAAGGAAUCAAGUAAAACUUCGUCAGAGAACUUCCUAAGCCCAGCUGCUCAAGAGAUCUUCAGCCAAAAUUCCGUACAUUUCUGUCAUCUUCAAUCUGAGCUGCUGUUUUAUUUGGUUGCUUUGGGAGCACCAACAGCAUUCAAGUUAAAUGUGCGGCUUUUCUUCCCUGGGUUCUCAAAAAUAAACUCACAGAAAUAAGCAGCUGCAACGGAUCCAAUCUUCACUCCAAGGAACUUUCUAACUUUACUAGUCCCAAAAUGUGGAAGUUAUACAAAACAUGGAAGUUCCCUAUAUUUUGCAAGAACGACCUAAGCAUGCUCUAAUUGCUUCAAUGAACGCUAACCAGUUUCCAUCGUUGUUGAUGGAAUCCGCUGUACUUGGCAAAGACUCUUUUUUUAGGUUUUGUAAUUUUUUCUAUGCAACAUUGCUGAGCUACUAAAAACCACCAUCAAAGGCAAAUAUAUUCUCUUAGGACUCGCCCACCGCUGGAUCAAAUACACCAAAUCAUGUCAUGUAAAUUCACAUGUUUUAUAUGUAUAUGUAUAUGUCCGCAAGAACAUUAUUUAGAAUCGCUAAGGUUUAUCUCGUUCUCUAGAUAAGUGUGUAGGAGUUUUUUCAGUACAAGGUGCUGUUUGCAGGUCUUUUUAUUUUUCUGUGGAACAUGUACUAUGCACAAUACACUAACUGUGGAAAG